AUGGUGGGACGCCCGGACAAGGAGCACGUGGCGGAGUAUGCGAAGAGCGGGCGAGCUUCAUGCAGGAAGUGCAAGAACAACAUAGGCAAGGAUGUCUUGCGCAUGGGCAAGUAUGUUCAGUCACCUUCUUUCGAUGGCUGGGUCCCUAUGUGGUUCCAUGUGGACUGCUUCUUUGGGGGUAAGGGAGCAAAGCCAGAGGUGUCGGACAUAGCAGGAAUGUCAGAGCUCUCUUUCGAAGACCAGAAGAAGAUCAAAGACUUGGUUGCUGGAAACGCAGUCGCAUCAGGAGGGUCCAAACCGGCGGAUGCAGACGAUGAAGGCAACAUCGGUGACUACAAGGUGGAGAUCGCGAAGAGCAGCAGAUCAGAAUGCAGGGGGUGCGAAUCGAAGAUUGAGGCAGGAAAUCUGCGCAUGGGGAGGAUCGAGGCCAUGGAUCGCAGACCCUUCAUUCCCACGCCCAAGUGGCAUCACCUGGACUGUCUCUUCAAGGACGGGAAACCCGAAGACUUGAAGUCCUCGGAGGACGUUAUCGGGUUCUCCUUGCUGGAUUCGGACCACCAGGCGAUGGUUAGAGAGAAGAUGGGAGAGAAGGGAGGAGCAAAGGCAUCCGGGAAGAGAUCCGCUGGGGAAGACAACAAGUCGGCGAAAGGGUCGAAGAAAGCCAAGAAGGAGGAGAAGAUGAAGAAGGAGAAGGCAGCUCCCCGUGAGACUGUCAAGAAGGAGAACACAGCCUCGAGCGAGCUGGACAAGAACGAGAAGGCAAUCAAAGCACACAGUGACAAGCUGUUUGCUAUCCGCAAUGCCCUGAAAGACGUGUCAAGGAACCUUCUCAAAGAAAUCCUUGAGCAUAACGACGUGGACAGCAGAGGAGGCGAGGUUGUCCUGCAAAGUCGGUGCGCAGACAUCAUGUUGCACGGAGUACCUGGGGACUGCCCGAAAUGUCAGGGUAGGCUGCAGUACAGCGAUGGAAUGUACAAGUGCACGACCUGGACUGAGGAUGGAUUUGCCAAAUGUCAAUAUUCCAGUAUCACUGGAGAGAGGAAGGCAUUCAAGAUGCCGAAGGAUAUGGGCCACGACUACCUCGACAACUUCAAAUUCGUUAAGGUCGCGAUCCCCAAGGCUGUGAUCCGCGAGCAAGAAGAAGUCAGGGAGUCAGUUCAGGAGAGAGAGAAGCAGCGGCUGAUGAAGGCUGAGGAGGAGCUCGCGGUGAUCAACGCGAAGAGGAGGCAAGAGGAAGCUUCGGACCCCAGCACACCCGCAGGAAGCAUCGUCAAGUCGAUGACUAAGUCCGUCACUCACGUUCUGACCACUAGCGGCGCGCAUACGGCGGGUGGCAGCGCGAUCAAGGAGGCGGUGAAGAGGAAGCUCCCGGUGGUGAAGUUGGAGUUCGUGGAAGCAUGCAUCUCAAGCGGGAAGAGACUGACUGAGCAGCCCUACCUCCUGUCUGGGGAAGCGACAGAGGACCCCGAGAAGAAGAAGAAGAGCUCCCAGUCCAAGACUGUCAAGAUCAUGGUGAAGGGGAAAGGUGCUGUCGACGUGGAGUCCGGCCUUGCCGACAAUUCGCACAUUCUGGAAGUGAGGGACAACGUCUACUCGGCCACCCUGAACCGAACCGACAUAUCCGAGGGCCUCAACAGCUACUACGUGCUGCAGAUCAUCGAGUCAGACGACAGCAAGACGACUCAUCUGUUCCGCAAGUGGGGCAGGAUCGGAGUGGAAUCCAAGGGGACGAAGCUGGAGAAGAUGCACAAGGACUCCUGCAUCCAUGAGUUCGAGAAGCUCUUCCAGGAGAAGACCGGCAACCCCUGGCAAGAUCGCACCCCAGAUCGCUUCACCCAGCAGCCCGGCCGGUUUGCUAUCAUGGAGAUCGGUAUUGCAGCGGCCGACGAGCACGGAUCGCAGCUCCAGAAGGACACCUCCUCGAAACUCCCACCUACCGUCGCCAGUCUCAUCCAGCUGAUCUUCGACAUUGACAUGAUGAGGAAAUCCAUGCUCGAGAUGGAGAUCGAUCUCGACAAGAUGCCGCUGGGUGCUUUAUCCAGGAAGCAGAUUCAGCGAGGAUACUCAGUCCUCACGGAGAUCCAGAACGUGCUCGAUGAUCCCAACCUGGAUGAGUUCGACAGGAACCAGAAGAUUCUCUCCUGUACUAACCAGUUCUACACCAUCGUUCCUCAGAAUUUCGGCCUUGGUGGGAUGACGGCUGUCCAUCGGAUUGACUCCCAUGACAAGCUGAAAGAGAAACUGGAGCUUGUAGAGUCUUUGCUGGAGAUGGAGAUUGCUGUCAGCCUUCAGAAGGAAGGAGGGGGUGACGAAUCCCCAAUAGAUGCCAACUACAAGCGGCUCAAGACGGACAUCAAGCCGGUCCCCAAGGACGAUGAGCGUUGGAAGAUGAUCGACCAGUACCUGAGGAACACUCACGCGGCUACUCACUCUACCUACACCACCGAAUUGAUGGACUUGUUCGAGAUCGAACGAGAAGGCGAAAAGGACAGAUUUGCUCCUUUCGCCAAAGAUUCAAACCGCAAGCUGCUCUGGCACGGUUCCCGCAUAACGAACUGGGUCGGAAUUCUCUCACAGGCAAGGCGAGGUCUCCGUAUUGCUCCCCCCGAGGCUCCAGUGACCGGCUACAUGUUUGGCAAGGGAGUUUAUUUCGCCGACAUGAGCUCCAAGUCGGCCAACUACUGCAAAGCCGAGCUGUCCAACAACGAAGGCCUCCUCAUGCUCAGCGAAGUUGCGCUCGGGAAGUCCCACGAGCUGAUGGCGGCCAAGGAGACUCUUCCUAAGGGGCUUCCUAAGGACUGCAUCUCCGUCAAGGGCUGCGGGAAGACUGCGCCGGAUCCGAAAGCGUCCUUCAUCGACGAGGAUGGGGUUGAGGUUCCUUGUGGGAAGGGGACACAGAUGUACGGGCUGAAAAGCUCUCUGCUGUACAACGAGUACAUCGUGUACAACGUGAGUCAGGUGAGUUCAUGA